AUGGAUCGUAAGAACAGCUUUGUGUACGAUCCAAAGGAAGGAGGAAUUGAGAAGGACUCGUUGUUGGACGCAGAGUGGAGUGUGGGCUCUUGCGUCAUUGAUAACAAGUUGUACACUUUUGGUAGCAAGAAGAGAAUAUUUGUGUUCGACCCAAUCGCGAGGGUUUGGAGUUGGGUGAAGGGUCUCAAAGAUCUUCCUGGGAAGCUUUAUGGUUCUAGAAUGGCGAACCGAGGUGGGAAACUUGCAAUCUUGUUUAACCUUAAAAAGCACGAGACGGAAAUUUUGUAUACAGAGAUCGGAUUGGAAAGGAGAGAAGGAGGAGAGAUUUGGGGCACUCUCUUGUGGUCUCAACUUGUGGUUUCUUUGAAAGAUCCCUCCACCAUUGUACAGUCUCUUGUCGUAGCAGUUUGA